UGUCAUAAGAAAGUUCAUAUCUUUUUGAUUGAUUGUAAAUGGUUUCUUCUUUCUUUUCAUUUGGCAUAAAUAUCAUAUGGAAGGUUUUCAAAUGUGUGUAUCACUAAAAGUUGGGCACCUGAAUUUGGGCUUUGCUUCUUUUUUUUAUUUUUUAUUUUUUAUAUCUUACCUCCUUUCUCUUUAGCAGAUCUGAUUGGGAAUAUAUUGAUUUUUUACAAAUUCAGAUAUGAGGUAUUGAUUGAGAAUCUUAUGGAUCCUGCUCAUGUUCCUUAUGCACAUUAUAGAGUAAAGGAAAUUCUACCAUCCAAAAACACGGAGGCUGAUAGAGAGGGGUGCACACCGAUUGAAUUUAAGAUUGAAAAGUUGGACGGCAAUGGGUUCAAUAUAGUACAGUUUCAGGAAUGGAGCAGAUGCACAUUUAUUGCCCCAUACUUGGUUUAUGCAUCUCUUAAGCCUGAGGAUCAAGCUAAUGGAUCUGAAUCAUCAGCUGGAACCAGAAAGGAUACAUCUGUGCAGAAGGAAUUUUUUUUAAAUUUUUUUUUCCAUUCCAGUUAGUCCAGGGAGUAGCAGAUUGAUAUGGAGCUUCCCAAGAAACUAUGGUCAUUGGAUUAAUAAAGUUGUGCCACGAUGGAUAUUUCAUAAGGAACAAAACCUGGUUAUAGACUCUGAUUUAUAUCUUCUACACAUUGAGGUG